AUGGGUGAAGAUGAGGCGGAUGAGCGGCUCCGCAAGUCGGGCCCAGAGCUCUUCAGGGAGCUCAAGCGCCUCUAUGCCGUUGCAGAGGUGCCAGACUACUUCAAGAAUGGAGUGUGGCGAGAUGACCUGAUGAAGAUAGACCUCCAGCUCAUCGAAGUUCACCGCCGUGAGGCUGGAGCUCCAGACCCGCCACCGCUGUCAGAGGUCAAGCUUCCGCCAGAUCUCCCUCGCGGCGUUGUCCGGCCACACAUACCCACGCCAAUAGUGGGAAGCGCCGCAACGGUGGUGCCGGCCACUGCCACAGGCAGUGCGGUGGCCGAUUUGCGAUUGAUAGCGCUCUUCGUCGCGAAGUGGAAGCUGGACGUCGCACGGACAAAGGCUGCGCUGACCAAGCUUCUUCCAUCGAGGCGGCGGUGGGUCAUCGCGCAUUUCAAGCCAAAGGGUGCUGCAGCGGUCGACGACGAACUGGAGAAGUACAUCGCUGAGUGCCAGGCUUCGAAUUCAUGGGACACGGCCAGCGUGUUGAACGGCUCCACCAACGGCGUCAAGCGCCCAGUCAGUGCCGUUGCUGGGACCGUUGCAGCGACUGUCGACCCUAGCAAGAGGCAAGCUUGUAAAGCUGCGAGUAUCAUAGGAGUGCGUUUGACGCCCCACUUUCCGCUUCCAGCCCAGAGUCUGAUGGUGAGAUCUGGUGGGCAAUGUUAA